AUGUCAACCUGUUCACUGUCGCGACAGACUGCAACCUUGACAUGGACAGGUCAGUUUGUCUACAGAUGGCUAGCUACAGAAGAGGUCCAGGCAUCACGUGAGCAUACACUUCGAUGGUGGUCAAGAAAAUCCUGCAAGUGUUUUUUUGCAACAAAAGCUGCAGCAACUACAACAUCUCCAGCACCAGAAUCAGCGGAGGAAGUGCCCCAUGUUGAGAACAAUUCUUGUGUCACAAAUCAUGUGACCAAGAAUGUGGAAUACAUAAUGCGUACAGUGGAUAUUGAAAAACACGAACCACUUACUUUGCAUUUUAAAAAAUCAGGACAGCUGAUUGAUAUAAAAGCAAGUCACAUAUCUGAAAACACAUCUUUGUUCUUGCAAGGCAACAGAGGUAUGUACCAUCUGGACAAACUUUCAUCCAGUAGUAUGAGUGGGGUUUUUCCUGCACAUAGCGUAGUGAAGAGUCCAUCUUCAUAUUCUCUGACUGUGUUUGAGGCUCGGCCAGAUAGGAGCAACCCUGGCUCAAACAUUGAGUCAGUGCAUGAUGUGGAGUGGCGAGAUCAGAAGCUGGAGCCAAAGAAACUGUUUCUCUACUACAAAAUGCUUUCAAAGGCACGACUUACAGGUCUGGUUGUGAUCACAACAAUGGCAGGUUACGGAAUUUCUCCAGGAGCUUUUGACCUCUCAGUAUUUGUUCUGAGUUCUCUGGGCACAUGUUUGACUUCUUGUGCUGCCAAUUCCAUAAAUCAGUUUUUUGAAGUGCCGUAUGAUUCGCAGAUGAAUAGAACGAAAAAUAGAGUGCUUGUGAAAGGACUGUUAAGUCCCCUCCAUUCGGUGGGCUUUGCAGCCGUCUCCAGCAUCUCUGGCUUGUGUAUUCUGUAUUAUGGUGUCAACCCAGUUGUGGCGGGUUUGGGUGCAUUCAACCUGGGUCUCUACACUCUGAUCUAUACACCAUUAAAGCGCAUCAGUGUCAUCAACACAUGGGUAGGAUCGCUGGUGGGGGCUAUACCACCCAUGAUGGGGUGGGCUGCCUGUACAGGUGGUCUUGAACCAGGUGCCUUUUUGUUGGCUGGCAUCCUUUACUCCUGGCAGUUCCCACACUUUAAUGCUCUUAGCUGGAACCUGAGACCAGAUUACUCACGGGCAGGAUACCGAAUGAUGUCUGUUGUUGACCCAUCACUUUGCCAGAGCGUGGCCCUCCGACACUGCAUCCUGUUAACGGGAAUGUGCCUGGCAGCUCCACUCCUAGGGGUGACCAGCUGGAUGUUUGCAGCCGAUUCUUUACCUCUGAACAUGUACCUCUGCUACCUCGGCUGGCGCUUCUACCGCAAGGGUGACAGCAACUCUUCCAGGAAGCUCUUUCGGUUCACACUCAUACACAUUCCAGCCUUGCUUCUGUUGAUGGGCAUUAGUAAGGCCAGUUUUGGUGGUCAGAAUAAAGAAGACAAGGACAACAAGAUAAAUGAGGAGUUUGGUGAAACAGCAGCUGUUGCAGUGGAAUCUAGCUGA